AUGAAUUUCGGGAUGUCCUGUAUGCUUCGCUCCAGCAGCAUCUCAUCUGGAAUUGUGGCGAGGAUGCCGAUGCCGCGAUCCUCUGGCGAUAGCACACCGCGCAUCUUCCGGGUUUUUUUUCAAAGGCUACUCGGUUUUGUGAUCGUCGGUGCCGCUCUUGGUGGAUCGAUCAUGGAUUCCAGUGGAAACGAGCUCCUCCAGCUCAAGAGAUACGUCGCAACUCCCACCGGGAAGAACGUCGCGCAGUACUAUGCUCUCAUCGACGUUCUCAAGUCGGCUCAGUCCAUAGGAGCUUUCUUACACGGACUCUCUGGUGGUUCUUCUUUUCUUUCACCAACUUUCCUGAUCCUAGAUCAAGGGAUAUUGGAGGGUCUCUACGAAGGCUAUGAAGGCCGAGUAAUCGGGCUCAUCGAUAGUUUCGAGUCGUUUGAUAUCAGAACUACCAGAACUGGAAAACCCAUGUUUCACUGCGUCAUUUGCCUCGAGGACGUCCAGGAUGCGGACAUGUACACUCUCACCGAGUGCUCUCGCAAGUUUUGCUCAUCGUGCGUGAAGCAGCACGUCGAAGCUACAGUAACAACCGGGCGGACUUUCCCGGUGGCUUGCCCGCAAGUCGAGUGCACGAAGAAGUUCACCGAGAGCGAGUGCAAGAAGCUGCUGUCCGAGGCGGCUCUCAAAGUUUUCAUGAAGAAGAUAGAGGAGGAGCGCAUCCCUGAGAGUCUACUGCCCGUGUCCAAACUGCUCGGACUUGAUGGAUAG